AUGGCCGAGUGGAGCUACAACAACCGUGAAAAGCAAAUUCAUGAGAAGGUAUUCGACACCCUCUCCCGUCCAUUAUCCCGUGCGAGCAAGGCGAAAUCCGAGGGAAAUCAAUCAUCCAGAGAAUCUCCUUCUCAGUCGCCAUCCACAUAUCGAAAGUUUAUUUGGAAAAGUUUUGCAAAUAAAAUUCAAAAGUGUUGCCUGGAUGUUCCCAUGGAGAUUUUUUGA